GCAAGCCAUCUUCGCAUGUCUGUAAUGGUGACCUUUCACCUCCAACUCAACUUCAGCUGUCACCCCGAGAUCCCGGAUGUGCGAAAAUAUGACGUCACAAUCACACCAUGCCACUUGAAGAAAGGAGACAACAGGACAAGAAGAGAUAGUUGUCAACUUUGAAAAGAACAAAAACCAGGAAAGACUAUACAUCGACUGUUCUCAAAUCGGAUUCCGAUAUUAUAGACAAAGUGGAACUUUGUAAAUCCAAGGAUUACACCAGAUAACUUUCAGUUUCGAAGAAAAUUCAGCGAUGGCUGGCUUCUACAGAUAGUGAGCGCCCCACCCACCACUCAGCACUGCACCAGAAAAUUACAUUCUAAGAUUCUCCAGAAGGUGUGGGCGCUCCGGGGGGAGUAAGGCGCUGGACAUCAAUGUUUUCGAACUUAGUAUAUUAUUGACGAUAUUUUGAACUACUUUCUUAAUUAUUAAUCGACAACUUCACGAGAUUGUGGACAGAAACUCGGCAGAAACAAGUACGUACAUGUACUACGAAAAGUGAACGCCCCCUCCCUACCUCAGAACUCGCACCAGAAACUACAUUCUAAGAUUCUCCAGAAGGUGUGGGCGUUCCGGGAGGAAAUACGGCACUGCCAGCAUAGUUUUCGAAAUUACUACAGUCUUCAGGACAAUUUGAAGUACUUUGUAUCAACAAUAAUUCGUGAAAUUUUCACCGGAUAGAAACGGACAAAAACUCAGCGGGAACAAGCACAUACAUGUACCGAGCGCCCCCUCCCCACUUCAGAACUCGUACCAAAACUACAUUCUAAGAUUCUCCAGAAGGGGUUGGCGCUCCGGGAGGAAAUACGGCACUGCCAGCAUAGUUUUCGAAAUUACUACAGUCUUCAGGACAAUUUGAAGUACUUUGUAUCAACAAUAAUUCGUGAAAUUUUCACCGGAUAGAAACGGACAAAAACUCAGCGGGAACAAGCACAUACAUGUACCGAGCGCCCCCUCCCCACUUCAGAACUCGUACCAAAACUACAUUCUAAGAUUCUCCAGAAGGGGUUGGCGCUCCGGGAGGAAAUACGGCACUGCCAGCAUAGUUUUCGAAAUUACUACAGUCUUCAGGACAAUUUGAACUACUCUGUAACUCGGUGAGAACAAGCACGUACAGGUUGUGAGCGCCCCUCCCUACCUCAGAACUCGUGCCAAAAACUACAUUCUAAGAUUCUCCAGAAGGUGUGGGCGCUCCGGAAGAAAAUAAGGUACUACCAGCACAGUUUUCGAAAUUACUGCAGUCUUCAGGACAACUUGAACUACUCUGUAACUCGGUGAGAACAAGCACAUACAGGUUGUGAGCGCCCCUCCCUAUCUCAGAACUCGUGCCAAAAACUACAUUCUAAGAUUCUCCAGAUGGUGUGGGUGCUCCAGUUGUCAAGUUCAACCGAAUACAGCCUUUCAGUUCUCCAGAACCACCUGUCCUGAACACACUUAAGCAUGUCUACACCACCUCCACCACCGCCACCACCACCAAUAUCCGGCUACGUACAUAAUGUAUCAGCACUGACUGAAGGAAGAUCACCACGAACAAAGUUUUUCAAAUUCGAUAUCCAGCUGGCAAAUGAUGUAAAAAAAGUAAUAUGCUUUUCACCAGAAAAACGCAAACUCAUGUCAACACAUGAAGGUAAAAGCUGCAAAAUCUCCAAAUAUGAAGUGUCAAAGCAUCCCAUGAGUGAUAUUGUCUUCAAAGACAAGAGUGAAGUCAUCGAUGAAACAGUUGACUUUGAACGUACAAACAUCGAAACAAAGCUUUCUCAGAUUUCUGAUCUGCAGAAGAUUACAAACAACCAAGAAGUCUAUGUUGAGAUCAAAGUAACAAGCAAACAAAAAAGUGAAACCAUCACACGUGGAACCAAGGAAAUGAUAAAAUCAGAAUGUAUGGCUACCGAUAAUACUGGAUCCAUACGAUUAGUAGCUUGGGAGCCACACUCACUCAAGCUUGGCCACAGCUAUCACCUAAAAGUACGUGUGAAGUCCUUUGAAGGUGACAAAUACAUCAACACUACUGCUGAGACAACCUUUGAAGAAAUAGAGCCACUGGACAUCUCAGAUGAACCGACUCAAGACGUGAAUAAGUAUUGCAUCAAAGGAAAUAUUGCAUCAAUGGAAAUUGUAUCAAGGCACCUUAAGUGCACUAAUUGUCGCAAAAAACUUGUGAACACAGCCAGCAAAGUUACAAAAUGUCAGAACUGUCACAUGUCACAACUAACCAAAAAGUGUCAUCAAGAUCUUACAGUAAAGUUACACAUUGAUCCUAUUGGACAGAACCAGCAAAGAAUGUUCAUCACAUGUUUCUCUGAUACAAUAGCAACAUUGAUCACCUCAGAUCCAUUCACACUCUCUGAUGACGAACUCACAGAAAAGAUAUUGGAGAUGGGUGAACAUGAUGUAACCUUUAUUAUAAACCCAACAACUAGAAUUUGCUCAAAUAUCCAACCUUUUGAACUAACAUAUCUCAGCUCUUAGAACAUCUCUGCCAUGACAUUUCUAUACCUUUUUGUGUUUUAAAGAGAAUUCUUAUACAAAGAAAAUGCCAUUGAAUAUAUUUGUAUUUAGAAUAUAACUAAACUGAGAUGAAGUUUUGAAGUCAAAGGUUCUGAGACAAAAUUCUAAACAGAAUACUUUUGUUACUGGUUUUGGUAAUUCUACAGCUUGUUGUAAAAAAGUUAAUACGAUGUAGAACCUGUUCGAUAGGUUCGCUAUUUUGUUACUCAUUUUGAUAACUCUUUUGAACUACUUUGUAAAUUAUUAUUCAAGUACUUCACCAGAUAGGAACAGACGAAAACUCGGUGGCAACAAGCACAUACAUGUAGCGAGCGCCCCCCUCCCUACCUCAGAACUUGUGCCAAAAACUACAUUCUAAGAUUCUCCAGAAGGUGUGGGCGCUCCGGGUCGAAACAUAGCACUUGACAUCAGAGUUUUCGAAGUUACUAUAGUCUUCACAAUAUUUUGAGCUACUUUGUUGAUUUUAAUCAAAACUUCACAAGAUAGAAAUGUACACAAACUUGGCAGGAACAAACCUGUACAUGUAGCGAGCGCCCCCCUCCCUACCUCAGAACUUGUGCCAAAAACUGCAUUCUAAGAUUCUCCAGAAGGUGUGGGCGCUCCGGGUCGAAACAUGGCACUUGACAUCCGAGUUUUCGAGUUUACUGCAGUUUUCACGAUAUUUUGAACUACUUUGUUAAUUAUUAAUCAAUACUUCACAGGAUAGAAAUGUACAGAAACUUGGCAGGAACAAACCUGUACAUGUAGCGAGCGCCCCCCUCCCUACCUCAGAACUUGUGCCAAAAACUGCAUUCUAAGAUUCUCCAGAAGGUGUGGGCGCUCCGGGUCGAAACAUGGCACUUGACAUGUGAGUUUUCGAGCUUACUGCACUUUUCACAAUAUUUUGAACUACUUUGUUAAUUAUUAAUCAAUACUUCACAGGAUAGAAAUGUACAGAAACUUGGCAGGAACAAACCUGCACAUGAAGCGAGCGCCCCCCUCCCUACCUCAGAACUCAUGCAAAAAAACUACAUUCUAAGAUUCUCCAGAAGGUGUGGGCGCUCCGGGAAGAAGUACAACCUGUAGACAUAGGUUCAAUAUUUUGUUAGACAUAAGUUCAUUAUUUUGUGACUCAUUUUAGUAACUACAGAUUAUCACAAGUUAAUAGAAUGUACAACCUGUAAACAUGAGUUCAAUAUUUUGGUAACUACAGUUUAUCACAAAAGUUGAUAUGAUGUAGAACCUAUACACUUAGGUUCAUUUUUUUCUUACUCAUUUUAGUAAUAAAACUGAUAACACCA